UUUGUUAUUGUAUGGUUAUUUAUAGUAAGAACUAACACCUUGUUUCAGUUCUAAAAUAAAAAUGAAGGCAAAGGAUCCUGUUUGGAAUCAUUAUGAUUUGAUAGAAGGGGAUGAUUCUAUACAGAAAGCUAAAUGUAAAGAUUGUGGGAGUAUCGUAAGUGCUAAGAGUGCGCGGCUGCGGAUACAUAGAGCUAAAUGUUGCGGGCAGACCCCUCAGUCUGAUGGUACGUUUGACAGUGUUGGUUCACCUCAUCAUGAACCACCUCCAUUACCCCUACCAAUGAUGAACAGAACUUAUUAUGACAUGAUGAGUCCAGCUGCUAGUUUUCCGGGUCCACCAAGGCCGGGUUACAGUCCUGGACCAGGUCACCCAACUGCUGGUCCCCCAAUGACAGGAGGAAUGCCACCUCGCAUGGGUAUGCCACAUGGACCUGGGAUGUCUCCGCACCCAUAUGGAGGCCAGUCAUCAAAAACCAAGGAUUCUGGUAUGCCUCGGCCUGGUAUGGGACCAGGGAUGCCCCCGCCCCAGAUGGGUAUGGGAACACCGAUGGAUAGGAAAAGACAGAGUGAUUCCAGAGCUGCCCAACAUAUGAAAGCGAAAAAGAAGAAAAAAAUGGCAGACAAAAUAUUGCCCCAAAGGGUGAGGGAUCUGGUACCCGAAUCUCAAGCAUACAUGGAUUUGCUGGCCUUUGAACGUAAACUUGAUGCCACCAUCACAAGAAAACGACUUGAUAUUCAGGAGGCCCUGAAAAGACCAAUGAAGCAAAAGAGAAAGUUACGUAUCUUCAUAUCAAACACAUUCUAUCCGGCUAAACCUGCCGAGGGUGAGGAAGGCGAGGAAUCUGUCCCCUCGUGGGAGCUUAGAGUCGAGGGCAGACUUCUUGAAGAUGCUGCCAGUGCCAAGCUUAGUGAUGCAAAUAAAACAAAGAGAAAAUUUUCAUCGUUCUUUAAGAGCCUUGUUAUUGAAUUAGACAAGGAGCUGUAUGGACCUGACAACCAUCUUGUUGAGUGGCAUCGUACGCAGAACACCCAGGAGACGGAUGGUUUUCAGGUGAAAAGACCGGGCGACCAGAAUGUACGAUGUACCGUUCUUCUGAUGCUGGAUUAUCAG